UCUGCUGUACCUCUUUGAUGAUAUAGUACCGGCCAAAUCUAUUGGUAAAACAGUACAGGGUAUUCUCGAAUUACUUCUUCUCGUUCGUACCUCGUUCGCCAAGUCACAUCACAGAAGUCUGUAAGAAAAGUUCAUCGAAUAUGGCACUCUCUUUUGGUAUGUGCGAAACUCCUGGCUGCAAAACUAUGGCCAGCCUUCAAUGUCCAACAUGUUUGAAAAUUGGAAUACAAGGCUCGUAUUUCUGCACCCAGGAUUGUUUCAAACGGAGCUGGAAAUUACAUAAAAUUAUUCAUCAGUUUGCGAAACUAGAAGGAACAGGUGGAGACAAAUCUUCUAAUGAAUAUAAUCCGUGGCCUUCUUUUCAUUACACUGGUAAAUUACGACCUUACAAAAAGGAACCUCGCCGAGAAGUACCCGAGCAUAUCAAACGUCCAGAUUAUGCUACACACCCUACUGGAGUUCCUGUAAGCGAACAAGCAGUAAGAGGUUCUGCCCAAAUAAAAGUGCUUGACGAUGAGGAAAUUGAGGGCAUGCGAGUAGCUUGUAAGCUUGGGCGUGAAGUUCUGGAUGAAGCUGCACGUACCUGUGAUGUAGGCGUUACAACAGCCGAAAUCGAUAAAGCAGUUCACGAGGCUUGUAUCGAAAGAGACUGUUAUCCAUCUCCACUCAAUUAUUAUCAGUUUCCAGCUAGUUGCUGCACUUCUGUAAACGAAGUGAUUUGCCAUGGUAUCCCUGAUACUAGACCCCUUCAAGAUGGAGAUGUUUGCAAUGUUGAUGUAACUGUGUACCAUAAUGGUUUUCACGGUGACUUAAAUGAAACAUUUCUAGUCGGUAAUGUGAAACCCGAAGUAAGAAAGUUAGUGGAAGUUACGUAUGAAUGUUUAUCAAAAGCUAUUGACAUUGUACGACCCGGUGAAAAAUACAGGGAGAUUGGAAAUGUAAUUCAAAAACACGCACAGGCACAUGGAUUUAGCGUAGUGCGCAGUUAUUGCGGACAUGGAAUUCAUCGUUUAUUUCACACUGCGCCAAGUGUACCUCACUAUGCUAAAAACAAAGCUGUGGGCGUCAUGAAGCCAGGUCAUUGCUUUACUAUAGAACCAAUGAUAUCACAGGGUACAUGGAGAGACGAAAUGUGGCCUGAUAAUUGGACAGCAGUGACUGCAGAUGGUCAAUGGUCAGCGCAGUUCGAGCAAACGCUGUUAGUUACAGAAACGGGGUGCGAUAUUCUUACAAAACGAUUGACACAUGAUGGCAAACCAUGGUUUAUGGACCGAUCGUAGUAGCAUUUCUUUCUGAAUCAUUGUCAAUGUGUGACGUCAUUUAAAAUUUCGUGAAUGUGUAAGUGCUGUACUGCUUAAGUACUUUUGUUUUUCUUCGAGCGAGAUUUGUUUUUUCAGGACUCAACUUCAAAAUUAACAAUUCAAAUUGUAUCCAGUAAGAUAUUUUUUACGAAGCGGUUGUUUUUUUGGCUAAUUUUAUAAAAUGAGAUAAAGAACAAGGAACAGGAUCCUUGAAAAAUAAAAUCUCGUUAGAUUUUUGUUUGUACCCGAAAUGGCUCUUGUACCAUAUAGAUUAUCUCAUUGAUACAUAUGUAUAUACAUAUACAUAUAAGUGUAGCUCAAGUUGAUGAAGCGCAAUGAUUUA